AUGGAACGCCAGCCGUACACGGGCCCGCGGCUCGGGAGCUGGUCGGCCUUUCCGCAGUGGAAGGCGGGCUUCAUGGCCGCGAUGGCGUCCGAGCAGCUCUCGCAGUACUUCCUCAAGCCACAGUUCGAGGACCUGUUGCUCGUGUCGCCGGCGCUCGUCCAGCGCCUCCGCGACGAGGCCGAGCUCGCCGAGCCCAUCGUGCCUCCGAUGCUCUCAGGGACCAAGCGCGAGAUGGCGACGCACGAUCGGAUGCUGCGCGUGCAUGCGCGCCUUGAGGAAGCGAUCCAGAACCAAGUCGCCCGCCACCGCGCCGAUGCCGAGCGCCGCGCGCGGCAGUAUUUGAUCGCUGCGCUCGACACCGCCCUCGUCGACACCAUGCAAGCCGCGCCGACCGUAUUCGACGCAUGGCUCUUCUUGCAUGUGAAGAGCCUCAUGCCCAGCUUGGCGCAGCAGGUCCACGACAUUUCGGAGCUCCAAGAACGCACCACCGACGGUGUUGCACCCCUUGAAGCACCCAUGGACCAAUCUCUGCAGGACCUCUUGGCGAUGCGCGGGGCAGAAGAGUCCAACGAUUGGCUUCGCGCUAUCGUCGGUCGACUCAAGGUGGCGCUUUCCGCAGAUGCCGACAGCACGUCGUCCAUCCCCACUACACCGCACAUUUCGCCUUUCCCCACAAGCGCCCUCGAGCGCAUGCGACCUGCACCGCCAGGCGCUAGCCUGGUGCGUCGUCCGCUGCAGCCCCUAGGAAGCCCACUGCGCUUGCAGCGAUACCGUACGCUGCGAACGUCUCCGACCGCCGGGAACGCGCGUCCGAUUCCCAAGAAAGCGUCGCCACAGCACAGCUUCCUGCACGUCUCCGCCAAGCCCCUGCCGUACAAGGCCAAGACGGCUGUCGACGUGGUCAACCUGGCUCCACGCAACGCGUGGUCGCCCAAAGAAACCAAGGCGCUCACCAAGCUCAUGGCCGUGCACGGCCGCAACUGGGCGGCCAUCUUGGUCGAAGGCCACGCGAGAAAGGUGCUUUUGCCGUGCCGAACCACCAAGUCGCUCCAGAAGAAAUAUUACCGCAUGCCACGCCACGGAGCUACUAGCUAAGAAGACGCAUCUUGACGCAUCGCUAUACCUUUAUGCAACACGCAAGCUUGAGCGUUCCCAGAGCCUCCACUCGAUGCUACACGGCGGAGUAAAACGUACGUAAAACUCGUCAUGCACCGCGUAAAACCAUUUAAACGUUAAAUAAUUGAAAAACCUGAAC